AUGACUGAAAGAAGUGAAGAUUUGUACCCGUUAGCGUUGCUGAUGGACGAGUUAAAGCAUGACGAUGUUGCAAAUCGAGUAGAAGCUAUGAAGAAACUGGAUACAAUUGCGCUGGCGCUGGGUCCUCAGCGGACCCGGGAUGAGCUGGUGCCCUUUUUAACGGAGGUGGCUCAGGAUGAUGAAGACGAGGUGUUCGCUUUUUUAGCUGAGCAGUUGGGAAAAUUUGUUCCAUAUGUGGGGGGCAACAAGUACGCCACACUGCUUCUACCUGCAUUAGAGAUAUUGGCGUCCACUGAAGAGACUCUAGUGAGAGAUAAGGCUGUUAAUUCGUUGAAUAAUAUUGCUCAGGAGUUGUCGCAGGAACAGUUAUUUCACGAUUUUAUUCCUCUUAUUGAAAAUUUGGCUACAAACGAGUGGUUUUCUUCGAAAGUAUCUGCCUGUGGCUUGUUUAAGGCUGUGCUUGUUCGUGUUCAAGAUGAUAAGUUUAGAAAAGAAUUGUUGGCAUUGUUUUUACAAUUGACACAAGACGAUACCCCAAUGGUUAGACGAGCAGCUGGUAGGAACUUGCCAACUUUGAUAGAUUUACUAACUCAGAAUAUUCAUUUGUCUACUAAUGAGGAUUGGGAUUACAUAUCUAAUAUGUUUCAAAGAUUAGUCGGCGACAGCCAAGAUUCGGUAAAGUUUUUGGCUGUUGAAGUUUUAAUUUCAAUUUUAAAAUUCUUCAACAAGAAGGAAGAUUCUACGCAUACUAAGGGACUAUUGCAUUCAGCCGUCCAGCUAAUCGGUGACGAAGCAUGGAGGGUUCGUUAUAUGGCUGCUGAUUGCUUUGAAGACUUAGCUUCUCAAUUUACUGCUGACCCUGCAUAUAUAGAAGAAUUAGUCCAGCCAUUUUUGGCCCUCUGUGAGGAUAAUGAAAGCGAUGUUAGGAAGGCUAUUGCCAAACAAAUACCGGGAUUUGCAAAGCUUUUACCCAAUUCGCAGAUCGUUUUGAAUAAAAUUCUUCCAGUGGUUCAGACGUUAUGCACGGAUGAGAGUGAAACCGUCAGGGCGUCAUUGGCCUCUGAAGUUACCAGUUUGGCGCCAUUAUUAAGCAAACAAGAAGCAAUCGACAAUUUAAUACCCAUUUUGUUAAACAUGCUGAAAGAUGAAUUCCCCGAUGUUAGGCUCAAUAUAAUUACCAAGCUGAAGGUUGUCAACGAAGCCACUGGAAUUGAUUUCUUAACAGAAAACUUGUUGCCUGCAAUAACUGAACUAGCAAAAGAUGAUAACUGGAGAGUCAGAAUGGCUAUCAUAGAAUAUAUUCCUUUACUAGCUGAGCAAUUAGGUGUCGAAUUCUUCGACCAGCAAUUAGCAGAUCUAUGCUUAUCUUGGUUAUGGGAUACAGUGUACUCUAUCAGAUAUGCUGCUGUAAUCAACUUAAAAAAACUGACUGAAGUAUUUGGAUCUGACUGGUCUCGGGAAAGAAUUAUCUCUUGUUUAUUGAAAUCAGACACGCAGGUGCUAGAGAAUUUCGUUUACAGGAUAACUUUAUUAUCCGCAUUAACGGAGUUGAUUCCUGUAGUUUCCGCAGAAGUUAUCACAGAUAAGAUCUUACCGUUUAUCAACCAUUUGUCUACAGAUAGCGUUCCCAACAUUAGGUUUAACGCUGCAAAGUCAUAUGCCGUUAUGGUUGAAACAUUGGGCAAAGAAUAUAACGACCUCAUCAAGGAAUCUGUAAUCAUUGCUUUGGAAAAAUUAUGUCAAGAUAGCGAUGUUGAUGUUAGAUAUUUUGCAGGCCAGAGUUUGGAAAAAUGCAAAUCUCUCUUGAGUUAG